AUGUUGCCAAGCCUGAGAUGCUUAAGGGUGCUGUCUUUGUCUCGAUAUCAGAUUUCUGAAUUGCCUCAGUCGAUCAAAAACUUGAUUCAUUUACGCUAUUUGGAUCUCUCUUAUACAAAAAUCAAACAGUUACCAAAGUCGGUAACAACUUUGUGUAAUCUACAGACAUUAGAUUUGUCAUAUUGCAAGGAUCUCACUGAGUUGCCUGUGAAUAUGGAAAAACUAACAAACUUGCGCCAUCUCGAUAUUAGAGAAACUAGAUUGACUGAAAUACCAACUCAAAUGAGCAGACUGAAAGAUCUCCAACAUUUAACAAAUUUUGUAGUUGGCAAGGAUGGUGGGUCAAGAAUUAGUGCGUUGAAGAACCUUUGUCAACUUCGGGGUAAACUCCACAUUUUAGGGUUGGAAAAUGUAACUAGUGGUUCAGAUGCAUCAAAGGCCAAUUUGAAGGGAAAGGAGCACCUUGAAGUGUUAGAGCUUGAAUGGAGUGGUGAUACUAAUGAUUCACAAAAAGAAAAGGAGGUACUUGACCAGCUACAACCUCAUGCAAGGGUGAAAGAUCUCAGCAUCAUUAACUAUGGGGGCACAAACUUCCCUGAUUGGUUAAAGAGAGUUCAUUCAUUUCAGAACAUCGUAUCCUUAAAACUUAUAAUGUGUGCAAAUUGCUAUUUCUUGCCAUCAAUUGGGCAGCUACGCUCUCUUAAACAUCUAAGAAUUGCAGGGAUGAAAGAAAUAAUGGAGGUGGGUCGCGAGUUCUAUGGGGAUGCUUCUUCUUCUUCUUGUUUGAUAAAACCAUUUCAAUCUCUGGAGACACUAAGCUUUGAUGAUAUGCUUGAGUGGGAGGAAUGGCAUGCAUUGGGGGCUGGAGAGUUCUCUUGCCUUUUAGAGCUUUCUUUGGUGAAUUGUCCGAAGUUGAUUGGUGAAUUACCCAAUCACCUCCCUUGUUUAAGAAAACUUAAAAUUUCUGGAUGCCAACAACUGUUGUCUAUUCAAGUUGCCUUGUUGCUGCAAGGCCUGUCUUCUCUUCAGAAAUUUGAGGUUUCAGGGAUGCCGAACUUGAAGGAAUUGCCUCUGGAAUUGUGCGGAUUAUCAAAUCUUAGAAGCUUGGAGAUAAAGGAAUGCAGUUUUCUUGAGCCAGCUCUAGAGAUGGGGUUGCCGCCCAUGCUUAAGACUCUAAAGAUCGACAGAUGUGAAUCUCUAAAGUCCGUGACAAUAGCAUUAUCAUCAUCAGAGGGAAUGAAAAUGAAUACAAUGCACAUCAACAAUAUUGGCCUUGAAGAGUUGCGCAUAUUUGAUUGUUCAUCUCUUCUUCAGUUGUCUUUUCCCAUUGGUGUUCUACCUCCUCCUUCAUUGAAAAUACUCGACAUCUACAACUGCAGUAGUUUAGAGUUUCCCCUCCCAUUGGAGGAGACAUCCAUUAAAGUUUUGAGGAUACGUAGUAGCUGUGAUCUUCUCAAAUCGCUGUCAUUAGGUUUCUUUCCAAAGCUCCGUUCUCUGGAGAUUAGGGAGUGUAUAAAUUUUGAAACGUUUUCUUCAAUACCAAAUGGCGAGCUUCAAAAUCUGACGAAAUUGAUCGUUUGUAAUUGCAACAAUCUAAAGUCGCUGCCGCAUCAAAUGCACACCCUCCUCCCAUCUCUCCAAGAAUUGCGUAUAAAAGAGUGUCCAGAAGUUGAAUCAUUUCCGGAUGGAGGUUUGCCUUCCAACUUAACUACACUUGAGAUCCAUAAUUGCGAGAAACUGAUGAAGGGCCGGAUGGGGUGGGGUUUGCAAGCACUCCCAUCUCUUAGCAAAUUCACCAUCGCUGGUGAAUAUAAAGAAGUGUUGGAGUCAUUUCCAGAGGAGUGGCUAUUGCCUACUGCUCUUACCUUUCUUAACAUCAGACACCUUCCAAAUCCGAAAUCACUGAACCACAAGGGCCUCCCACACCUCACUUCUCUUAAAGUUUUAUUCAUCAUUCAAUGCCCUAAGCUCCAGCUCCUGCCAGAAGGACAGCUGCUCAACAACCUCUCUGGACUAAAAAUAAAAAAUUGUCCAUUGCUGAAACCACGUUGCCAAAAGGAGAAAGGGGAAGAUUGGCCCAAGAUUUCCCGAAUCCGCCUCAUAGGGCUCGAUGGUGAAGACAUCAUAAACUUUAAGUGACAAUCAUUCAUGCUUACAUUGAUGAUUGCAGAGCUACUUCAGCUGUUCAAUCAGAUUUUCAAUGGAUUCUCCAAAGAGCUGUUAAACCUUCACUUUUCUUGAAACUUGAACUGUUACCAGAGGGAAAAUUUGAUAUUUGGUUUGGCGAAGAUGCUGUUUCUAUGUGAGUUCAGUGCUUAGAUUGUGGAUUUAUAACUAUGAAUGCAUGAAAAACAACAGUAGGGAAGAUCUUCAUAGAUAUGUGUCUGAAGCAGUACUAAACAGUGUUCGGUUAGAGUGCCGUUUCUUUCAUGAUUUUCAGGCAAGGAAUUGGUGCUAGCAACAUCCCUGCUGUUUUGGACGUCAACAUUCUCAAUAUGUGCUAUCUUUUGCUCAUGCUAAGAUGAAAUCUCAACUUUCUCGACAUUGAUGGCUGCAGAGAAACUUCAAUUCUCUGUCAGGUAUGCCACUUCACAUUUGGCAGAUUCAAUCUUUAUUAAUGUCGAUUUCAACAAAAUAUGAUGAUUUCAUAAAGUUUUUAAUCAUCCGGACGCCUUCCGGGCCGAGCGCUUGGCGUGGCACUGGAUCAAGGAUUGGGUCUGGCUCUGAUACCAACUGUAACGGGUGGGCGCUUGCCAAUUUACCCAAAAGCUCGAACUGUUGGGUAGUGCUACAUACCCACCCAUUUAUACCCAUGUCACUUCCUAUCUGGAUCCGAUGUGGGACAAGUUUCCCCUCGUAACAGUUGCACAGUAGGCUUCCUAAGCUAUGGGACACAUAUUCAUUCUGUUUGGAUUAAUGAAGCAAGCAAAUCCUUAAUGUUCCAUUAGUUGCAGUAUAUGAUAUAUGCAUGCUGUAAGAGAGGCAAAACAAGAUUCAUAUGCCUGUGGAGCUCGUAUGGACUUGGGCAUGGUCUGAACUUUUGAACUCAUUCAAAACCAUGGUAAGGACAUAUGGACAUGAGUGGACUAUGAUGUUGGAAAAUUGAUGCAGAAUGACGAGAUGGUUGUUCCUAUACAGCUUGGGCUAAGGCUUGGAGAGACUUUAGUGGUCUUUGUUAAGUCAUAUUUUUAGUAAGGAUAGUUGAUCACAAACAUAUCAAUUCCGUAAUAUAAAGAAUCAGUAUAACAUUGUUGAGACCUACUUCAUUGUCCUUGUGAAAUUGAUGGCGUGGUUUAUGAACUUUUUCCUCAGUUUUGCAUUAGCCACUCAGUUACAAGCUUAAAUUCUAGUUUGGAUGAUUUUUUAAUUACUUCUAUUUAUUUGAUUGCUAUUCCACAUUUUGGAAAUCUUGUUAUAUUAAGUUAGCACAAUGGUUGUUCAUUUUACUUCCCGAGCUACAUAUUGUAGGCUACAUUAGCUUUGGCUUUUAUUCUGUCAGCAUAACACUCAAAUCUUUUGGCAGCUCGCAUGCUGCAAGGGAACUAGAGCAUGAUUCAUGUGCCUUUUGAGCUCACACGUACCUAGAAUGAUCUGAAGUUUCCCAUUUAAUUCUACAAUGAGGUACGACGUGUGAAUGCCAUUGCAACGUGGUCACAGAGGCAUAUAUAUAUUAAGUGUUGGGGGUGAAGUUUGAGUUCCAUUCCAUAUUUUGAUAAAUCAUAAAACAUGGCCUCCUGUAUGCGCUAAAGGGCUGCUUCCUUGAUAUCUUCAUUCUUAGUUGAAUCUUGAUCUCAAAGUCGCCGCCAGUCGGAUCAUAUUGAUUUCCCAAAGUGAAAUCAGGGUUUCAGAGUACUUGCCGUUAGUAGUUCCAAGGAGAUGUUUUCAACAAUGUAUGAGGAUUUCAAAGAGGCUGCUGCAAAUUCCCCAUUUGUUGACAAGUUUCAGAAUUGUUCGGCUGCGCUAACGCAAUUGAGUUGAUCAUUGGGCCUAUUUUUUGAAUGUGUGCCAUACUAUUCCCUCAUCUCAUAUCCAUUUAACACCAGCAACUGCCAGAAUUUUAUUCAGAGUUUACAGAUAAUUUACAAGUUUAUUUCGAAUUGAUUUAUAUAUCUUAUUUAUAGCCAAGGAGGACUGGGAGACUAGUAUUAUACUAUAAACUUGUUUGUUAAGUUGGAGACAAAUUAUACCAGAGAACUAGCUUUUUUGUAAAUGUUUGUUUUUAUCAGUAAAUUACAAAUGUUACUGUAUGAAUUUGUUGCAAAAGGAAAGAUUUGGUAGUAAUACUACCAAAUAUUAUUAUCUGUAAAUAUAAUAUUUGGAGAAUAUUUUUUUGUAAAUAGAAUAUUGGUCAAAUGCUGUAAAAUAGGAAAUUAUUAAUUAGGCCAGCUAGGUAUGUACGUGUAUUCUCUCCUAUAAAGAGAACCUGUGUAAA